ACACAGUUGGGAAAUUUAUAUUCAUUGCGGUGCUUUGUUGCGCAAUAUAUAUUUCGCAAUAUAAAGGUUUUUUUUCACUAAAAAUUCGUAUACAAGGCGGAACUAUUAAUUAAAAAAAUGCUAUUUUAAUCAUGCUCAUCGAACUGUGACUUACCUUAAGUCAGUACAAACCUGUAACGUUGUAAAGAUGCUUCGUUCAGUGGUGACACCUGCCAUCGAGGGGCUUUCGUUAAAGGCUGGACUUCUUUCUUCGGUGACACAGGUUCGGUAUAAAAGGAUUAAACUCCGUAAGCCAGCUUGGAUGCCCCGUGCACCUUCCAAGCUCUAUACGAUCUUCAAGCAUCCAAAAGUUAGCGAGGAAGAAAAAGCCCAGUAUUGGGCUUUGUACGUGCGGUACGAGACCGAAAUUCGAUCAAUCCAAGCGUUUUUUGCGACCGAGCAAGCACGGCUCGAGCACGAAAAGAGUAAGUUUUCUCAGCUCUCAAUACAGGACGAAGAGGACUUUCAAGCACGACUUAAGGCGAACGAAGAAGAAAACAAACGGGUUGCCACUGAGCGCGAACGGCGGCAUAGAGAAGAUUUCCUUCAGCGAAUGGCCGUCAAGAUGAAACGUAUCGAACAGAUCAAAGAGCAGGAAAAGCUGGAGGAAGGGAUUGCCAGGCAACAACUCAAAGAAGAAAUGGAAAAUAUGAACUAUAUUACUUAUGGAACGUUAGACGAAGCGAUUAAGAAGGCAUACUACGAACCUGUUUCAUACAAUUUUGCCGUUACUUUGUCCGGGAAAAAAAUUCCCGAGAAGGCAAGACAACAACCCCAUAGUGAAGGGCACUGAAAAACGCCUGAGAUUACCUAAUCUGUUAUCUCAAUCGCCGACAUCGUCUCAGAUUCAAGAUGAAGUGGUACAAGGAAUUCAGAAAAGACAAGGACCCGUGGUCUUGUCGUCUCGUGACAGCGUCUGAUAUCAAGCGAUGUUGCUAAGUGUUCGCACCAAACGCAUGUUUUACACUAUCUAGCGUAAAUAAAUGAGAAUGUAAUGCGAGUUUUAGACGAAAA